AUGUGUCUCAAGGGCAAGGUCGAGAAACUUCGCAAGCAAAGAUACGACCUGCAAGACGACGUGGUGAAAGCAUACUUUUCGCUUUCGCGGGUGCUGGACGGGUUGUUUGCGUUUGCCCGGGAGUUGUUUGGGAUCCGCAUCGAACCCGCUGAAAAGCCAGAGGAAACGUGGCACCCUGACGUUCAGUACUACCAAAUUCGAGCCCUGGACAAGCCGCAUGAGCCAGUGAUCAGUCAGUUUUACUUGGACUUGUAUGAACGCACGGGGCAAAAGCAGGCCGGCGCGUGGAUUGAAGUGAUGGUCGGGCGUAGUAAAGUGCUGCGCACGGACACGGCCAGCGUCCGCCUUCCAGUGUUUGGCUUGAUUUUCAAUUUCAACCAUCCGUCGAAACCCACGUCGUCACCA